CAACGAGGGUAUUUUUUCUGGAACUAGUUCUUCACGUGGCUCAGGGGCUGUGCUCGAGCCGCUCAAUACCCGCAGAGGGGCAGCAGGAGCCGAGGGCCGCUGCGCGCCGCGCCUCCCGGGAGAGGGCCCCCCGGCGGCGUCGCGUCCUCCAGAGGCUCGCGGCAGCGGCUGCGCGGGGGUCAUGGCCGAGGCGCAGCAGCAGCAGCAGCAGCAGCAGCAGCAGCAGCAGCAGCAGCAGCAGCAGCAGCAGCAGCAGUUGGACGGGGGCGAGGCGGCCCAGGAGCAGAGCGCGCCUGGUGCGGCCCCACAGGCGCAGCAGCAGCAGUUGGACGGGGGCGAGGCGGCCCAGGAGCAGGGCGCGCCUGGUGCGGCCCCACAGGCGCAGCAGCAGCAGUUGGACGGGGGCGAGGCGGCCCAGGAGCAGAGCGCGCCUGGUGCGGCCCCACAGGCGCAGCAGCAGCAGUUGGACCAGGGCGAGGCGGCCCAGGAGCAGGGCGCGCCUGGUGCGGCCCCACAGGCGUGCGCGCCUGCCGGGGACGCCGCGGGACCGCCCCGGGAGGCCUCGCAGGAGGCCCCAGUGCCGGCUGCGCCCGGCCCGGCUGCGGAGGCCGCCCCCAGCGCCGCGCGGGGCCCGCCGCUCGUGGCGGGGCUGCUGAGGCCAGGGGGCGCCGCCAGCCUGAGGCCAGAGGUGGCCGAGCUCGUGGCGAAGCGCGGGGUCAGCUUCCACGGCGAGCAGAUGGAGCUCGUGGUGGCCUCCCCGGCGGGCAGGCAGGGGGCCUCGGCGGAGCACCCCGCGACCGAGCUGGACAGGUUUGCGGCCGAGCUCGACGGCGGCCUCUCCGAGAGAAUGGUGCACAGCUGCACUUGGCUAUGGCCGUUGCACGACAGGGCUGCCGUCGACGAGUUCAGGAGAGCAGUUUCCUCACACCUGGUCGAGGACGAUGCCGAUGUCGAGCUUCCUAUCGCGCUGAGUGUGAUGGCGAAGCUGUUCAUCCUCAUGCCUGGGGAUGACAGCCUCGUUGUGAAGAUCGUGCGAAACACGUAUGGCAACAGAACUGCCUAUGCCAUAUUUUGGGGCGAGGUCUAUGUACAGCAGCUGUGGCUUUUGGCCAUUCUCGCUGCUGUGGCACUGUCUUUACAGACCGUAUCAAUCUCUCUCGCUGGUGAGGUAAUGAAUUAUGGCACUCUCUUGUGGAUCAGCUGGCUCCUCUUGCGCAUUUGGUCGCACACCACGGUGAUAGGGCUCGGAGGCCCCGUCGACGCUUCAGGCGCUGCCCGCGUGCACGACCAUCGGUUCGACCCAGGAAGACUUUACAAUCGUCUGACCUGGGUGAACGCUGUAGGUGUUGCCCUCCUAACACUUCUGUUCAUUUGCCUGAACGUCUUUGCGGUGCUCUGCUACCUUCAGCUCAUGGUCUGGCUGUGGUACGACUGGGGUGACUGCAUCACGCUCGGUUGCAAGAGCCCCGACGAGAAGCAUGGCUUCAUAGGUGUUGUAGCCGAGAUCUUGUUGGAUGUUGGCUUUGCUCUGGUGAUUGUGAUGAUACGCGCCUUGGCAAAUCUGUUUGGAAGCUGGGCCGCCACGUGGCACAACGUAGAGUUCGCGAUCGACCGAAGGAUCAUUGCAAAGGUGUACACAAUGCUGGUGGAGGCCGUGGACACGAUCGGGCCCUUUUUGCUCUUCGGCCUGUUGUUCGUCACUCCGUGGUCUGGCUCGGUCCAGCACGACCUUCCCGAGGCCGACUGCUCCGACGCGAUGCUCUACGGCCUGGUUGGGAGGAGCUCGUUCUCCUGCCUGGUCCGCCGGGUCAGCGUCGAGAAUCGCCGCUGGGUCUACAGGCGGAUGAUGAGGGGCCCGCUGAUGAUGGCCCCUUUCAUCAGGCUCCUCACGAAGUGUGUGAUCCCCAUGGUCGCUCGCCUCCUGAACAAGUACGAGGUGCCCCCAUGCGGCCCCUGCAGGUGUCCCAGCGACGCCAUUAACGCGCUGAUCCGCCUGGUGGGGCUCAUCUUCGCCCUCGACGGCGAUAGCGUCGGCGGGUUCCGCUUCGUGUUCUCUGGGGACCCGUUCCCCAGCUCACGGAAGGCCGCCGAGGCCCCGCCGCCGGCGAGCGCCGACCUCGACGGACAGGACGCGGCGCUUGCGGAUGGCGCCGAAGGCACCGAGCAGCUUCUCGACGGCGCCCUGGAGGAGAUGAAGUUGAAGGAGUUCGAGGUGGAUGAGGAGGUGAACGAGGUGAAGCUCAGCCUGCUGUUCCUCGUCAUGUUCGGCCCGAUCGCGCCCGAAGGCGUCUUCACCACGCUGCUCGCCAGGAUGAUGGAGUCCUGGUUCGACCUGUCGAAGCUUCUGUUUUUGAAGCGGCGGCCAUUUCCGGACCAGGGCAUGAGCAUCGCUGUCAUGCAUUUCCGGAUGAAGGGCUUCAUCGUGGUUACGAUCGUUGUCAAAGUGGUUUGGUCGUUUGUUUUGUCCCUCGUCGUGUUCGCCUAGCCGGGCUGGUUGUGAGAGGUCAGGGUCUGAUGUCCACCUCCGGACCAUGUGGUGUGCAGGCAGCAGAGUGCACGUGGAUGCGUGGAAGUGUUGGGGAUGGCCGAGCGAGGCGCACCCUGCCUCCCUCUCCUCCAUCCUGCCUCUCUCCCCUCCCCCCCUCGCCUCCUCCCCCCCCCGGGGCUCUUCUCCCCCUCCCUUCGCGUCCCUCGCCAUCCUGUGCUGAACUGCUGCUGCUGCUGACCCUUCGGACGCCGUUGGUGCAAAGUCCACCAGUGGCCGAUCUCCGAGGCGCACAUGCCCGUGAACGUCUCCGUGCCGAUGCUCCGUCGCAGCCGUGCUGAAGAUGUGCCGCAAGUGUCGUGUCUGAAAGGGGAUGGAGCGCCAAGGUGCACCUUCCGACAGGCCUCGUGAGUUCCAGCGUGCUCAGCAGGUCAGUGCUUCGCCUCGUCGGAGAGAAAAAACACUUUCUCUGCGGCUGUUAGCCGCCCCCCAU